ACAUUAUCAGUCCCCUUCUCCCGCUGUCUUCACAGUCACAAAUCUCCUAUUUUGAAAAUUUCCAGUUACACCCUCUUGUGAUUUCUGUCAGCAACCCUUUUUUGCACUAGUGAUGGGAGAAAGAGACCACAGCUCUCAUGAAAGCAAUGGGUGUGCAGAAGAGGCCAGAGCAGAGGAAUCGAAGGCAGAGUUCUCUGAAGAUGAGGAGAAACUGAUUGCUAGGAUGUUCAGCUUGGUGGGAGAAAGGUGGUCGCUUAUAGCUGGGAGAAUCCCGGGAAGAACGGCAGAAGAGAUUGAGAAGUUCUGGGCUUCAAAGCACUCUGCAUCUAAUCAUCUAAGAUGAGUUCAAGGUUAAAAAGAAGAAGCAACAAUUGCACAUAGCUUCUCUCAUGGACUUAUCUAGAUAAAUUCAGUCUUCUUCCUCUCUCUUUCUUUUUCUUUUUCUUUUUUUUUUAAGAUUUUUUGUUUUAAGAUGAGCUCUUUUGGCUAUCAAAUUCAGCUUUUGUUGGUGUUGGGGCAUCAUUCUCAAUACUAGAAUUCAUGGGACCAAGAAUGUUUG